CACGAAUGGCCGGAGUAGCGCGCUGAUCAGUCAAGCUGGGUACGUGAAUUGGGUGGCCUGCGAUGGCCGCUGUUAGCAACGUGGAAUUAUUACAAUCAUUUGCGAAUUACAAAUCAAUCAACGUAUGUGAACAACUCGUCCUUUCAUCGUCCGUCGGCAACUGGGACGACAAUUCCGCGGGAUAAAUUACUUUUGGCUCAGAAAUUUGAGUUUGAUUGUCGUGUCGCAAAACGAUACAAGAAAAACAGCAAAAAUGCCAGAACGGAGAAAGAGAAAUGUAAAAGAGGAUUCCAAGGGUAAUAUUUUAAAAAAUGAUUCCUGGAGCAAUGGACCCGACAGCGAAGACGAUCACGCUGGCGAGAAUGAAUUGCUUAAUGAAAAUACAAUCAGUCCAAGUCAUCAUCUAUCAACUCCAACAGAUCAGCCUAUUUGUAAUAUGACAAUGUUUACUGAGGAAAAAAUGCGUCGAAAAUUGAAAUUCUUCUUUAUGAACCCUAUUGAAAAAUGGCAAGCAAAGCGACGUUUUCCAUAUAAAUUUAGUGUACAAGUCAUUAAAAUUUUGUUGGUCACUAUACAAUUAUGUUUAUUUGCACAUAACAACUAUAUACAUGUAAAUUAUACUUGGGAUAAUCGAAUUGCUUUCUCACACCUUUUUCUCAGAGGAUGGGAUAGUUCUUUAGAGGUGCCAGUUUAUCCACCAGUAACAGGGCCUUUAGCAAUUUAUAAACGAGAUGAUUUCUAUAGUACAGUUGAUUACGCUUUAGAUGGCUAUUAUAAUCUUAGUAAUGCAAUUGGAUCGUAUUCGUAUACUGGAGAAGAUAAUUCAGUUGGUCCAGUUCUUUUAUGCUUGUAUCAAUAUAAGGAAGGUAUUAUAUUUGGUUUUAAUGAAAGUUAUGUUUUUGAUAAAGAAAUUGUAGAAACUUGCAUAAAUAUUACUCAUCAAGUUCAUAAUGAAUUUAAUACAUUAAAGCUCGUGUUGGCUAAACAAAAUAUUAAUGUUAAUUUUUCAGCUCUUGUUAGAGCUCAUUUAAAAUUUGCUUUAAAAACGGUUAAUUUGAAAGCUGCCGGACCUAUGACACCACCGGAUUGUUACCAGUUCAAUAUUAAAAUUAAUUUUGAUAAUCGUGAUUUCGAUGGACAAAUGUUACUUUCGUUAGAUGCCGAACCAAAGAGAUUACAAUGCAAAGGCGAUACACGUUAUGUAACAGAUAAUCGUAUUGAAUCAGCCUUAAGAACUCUAUUAAAUUUACUUGUAAUUUUAAUUUGUACUAUAUCUCUUAUGUUAUGCUCAAGAGCCAUAUACAGAGCACAAUUAUUAAAAUUUGAAACUAUGAAUUUCUUCAAAAAGGCAUAUGGGAAACCGUUAAGCCUUGAUGGAAGAUUAGAAUUUUUAAAUUUGUGGUAUGUCAUGAUUAUCGUGAAUGAUCUCUUAAUUAUUAUUGGUUCGGGUAUAAAAGAGCAAAUCGAGCGGAAACAAUUUGGUAGUGAUCAUUGGAAUGUGUGCAGCAUAUUUCUUGGUACAGGGAAUUUACUUGUGUGGUUUGGUGUAUUACGAUACCUUGGUUUCUUUAAAACGUAUAAUGUUGUUAUUUUAACAUUGAAAAAGGCCGCCCCUAAGGUAGCACGAUUUUUAAUAUGUGCAAUCCUUAUUUAUGCUGGUUUCACUUUUUGUGGCUGGUUAAUUUUAGGCCCAUACCACAUGAAAUUUAGAUCACUCGCUACAACUUCCGAAUGUCUCUUUGCUCUUAUUAACGGAGAUGACAUGUUUGCCACAUUUUCGGCAACGUCCAUUAAGUCACCGAUGUUAUGGUGGUACUCUAGAAUAUAUUUAUAUACAUUUAUUUCAUUGUAUAUAUAUGUGGUUUUAAGUUUAUUUAUUUCUGUGAUAAUGGACGCUUAUGACACGAUUAAAAUUUAUUAUCGCGAUGGCUUCCCGAAAAAUGAUCUACAAACUUUUAUUGCGGCAUGUACAGACGAAGCAUCUAGUGGCCUUUAUAGAGAUGAUUCUGAGAAUAGUGAUUUAUCGGAACUUUUAGAUCGCUUUUGUUGUUGUCGGAAAAGGCCCUUUUACGGGUCAUUCGCAGGAUCAAAUACGGAAUUUUCAACAAAAUCGGAACAAGCUUGUGGAGGAGCAAUCUGUAUAUAGUGCGUUAAAGAAUAAUAAUGUGUUAGAUAAAUGUUAUGGCUCCAUGGCAGAUACGCGGUAUUAUGAUAACAAUUUUAUCGUGUAAGUUAUUUUUUGAAAAAAUUUCUGUGUAUUUUUUAUUUUUGGUUAUUUUAAAUACCGCAAUAGUGUUGCCAUUUUGAUAUUUCAUUAAGGUAUUCAUAUAGUAUAUCAAGAAGGAUAACUAAUGAUGAAUUUAUUAUUAUAUUAUUAAUAAUAAAAAACAUCAUUCAUUUUUUUCUCUAUUAGUAUAAAAUGAAAUAUUAAAUACAAUUAGCAUUUAGAAACAAGAUGUUACUAUUAACAACAAUGACGUUCAUUAUUUAUGUACAUAAAGUAUUAAUGUACCAGAAAUAAUUAUAAAAUAUUGUUUUUGAUGAACAAUUUUGUAAUACAUGUAAACACACUUGUCAAACAGCAUUUACAUACCUAACCACAUUUAUAACCAACCAAAGUCAGUGAAACAAGUGAUGCAGUUUUAUAUAUACACGAAUUUUAAAAAGAUUAAAUGAAUAGAAAUCAAUUUUAUAGCGAUCGUAAAUGGAAAAAAAUUAUUGAACAAAAUAACAAUGUUAAACAGAAUGUUAAUAUGAAUUUUAAAUUCGUCAUAUAUAUGCAUUAUGUGUAAUUUUAUGUAUUCUAUCAUUUUAUAUGUACAAUAUACAUUGUACAUAAUAUAUCAAUACUUCCAUAUAAUUUACAUUUUUAUGAAAAAUUUAAAAAUUUUAUUUAAGAUGAACGAAAAGCACAAUAA